GGCAGGAGGCUGGCAGCUGGCUCGGGAUGCAUCCGUCCCCCGGUGCUGCUUGAGAUGAGGACGACACGACGACGGCUGGCUCUGGGCUGAAACGGCGUCGUUUCCAUCCGUUUGGUUGACUGAUCCCGGUGCAGAUUUGAGCCGAAAUCCGCGGAGGAGAUCCAGGCUUUGGCCAUACUGUCUGUCUGCUGUCAACUGUUGCUUAUUUACACUAAAUGAAUCUUGUAAGGUUUAUGAACAAUCGUGUUCCUCCGAAUAAGAGAUACCAGCCCACAGAGUAUGAGCAUGCUGCCAACUGUGCUACGCAUGCGUUAUGGAUAAUCCCCAGCCUGCUGGGCAGCUCCGUGUUGCACUUCCAUUCGGAGGACCAAUGGGAGCGAGUGUCAGCCUGGGUGUAUGGGGCAGGGCUCAGCUCGCUCUUCAUCAUCUCCACCCUGUUCCACACUGUGGCCUGGAAGAAGAGCCACCUACGAUCUGUGGAGCAGUGUUUCCACAUGUGUGACAGGAUGGUGAUCUAUUUCUUCAUUGCUGCAUCCUACGCCCCGUGGCUGAAUCUCCGAGAGCUGGGCCCAUGGGCCUGUCACAUGCGCUGGCUGGUAUGGGUCAUGGCCUCUUUUGGAACCACCUAUGUCUUCUUUUUCCAUGAGAGGUAUAAGAUAAUGGAGCUGAUCUGCUACACGGUGAUGGGGGUUUUUCCUGCCUUGGUCAUCCUCUCCAUGCCAGAGCAGUCCGGGCUAUGUGAGCUGCUGGUGGGUGGAGCCUGCUACUGUCUUGGGAUGGUUUUCUUCAAAAGUGAUGGUAUCGUCCCAUUCGCUCAUGCUAUCUGGCACCUGUUUGUGGCGAUGGGAGCAGCCAUACAUUACUACGCCAUCUGGAAGUACCUGUAUGCCCAGCCGUCCAAUCAGGUCCAGACCUCCAGAUGACAUCAGCACUGACAUCACAGGAGGUGCCUCCUGUGCUUGGGUGACUUCGAGGAGGUGGAAUGGGAUGUGUCUCAGUUCAGGGGCUGCUUCCUUUAGAGAACUGAAGACCAGUGGGCUGAUCCUCCUCCUCAUAGACAGAGACAGAUGGUGCAUUCAGGUGAUCCGCACAACCUCGUAAAUUGUAUGUUUACAUUUUUAUCAGCAGGAAAUUGUCCCCAGACACUUCAGAAACUUUGGUAAAACUCAGGCAGGUUUGACAAAACCCAAAUUUACAGUUGAAAUUUGAGUUUUAUGUUUUAAGAAUAUGAUGGAACUGCAGUUUUACUGGGUUCAUGGAAAAUGUAUCCAUUUGUUUUCAUCUAUACCAUCCUGUGAUUCCCGUCAUAUCCAGGUCAACAGUCAACAGUGUUGAAUCAAAUACCUGUUACACAUGAUGUGAUUGUAUUAUAUUUCCUGACUUUAUGAGUUGAUGAAGACAUCUGAGAACUUCAGAAAGACCUACAUAUACUAGAUUUUAUGAAAAUUUUAAAGCAAAAACAAAGAUGUUUUUCACAUCAGGACUAAAUGAAAGCUGCUUUUGGAGGAGACCUUUUAUUAAGUUAUCCCUGUUGGCCCACUGGGUUGAAUCUGCACUUUAAAGGAUGCAGCCUGUGAACUGGGACAUAGCUGUUUUUUUUUGUUUUUUUAAAAUUUCGGUUCAUUUCAAGUUAUCUUUUGCAGUAGUGCUGGUUUUUGUUUUUGAUAAUCAGGGGUAAAAUGGAGAUUUCUCUCUAUGUGGUGCACAUUCAGAUUCAGUGUUCAGAAGCUGAAUUGAGGGCAUUGUCUUAUUGUCAAAAAGAAGACAAUGUUUACAAUUAGCUGUCCUCAUGAUCAUUAUUACUUUUAACAGAUGAUUUUAAAAGUACAAUAUGUAAAAUAAGUGAAGAUUUUACACAUAAGUUCCACUGUAUGAAUGGAUCAUAGCAAACCUUAAAAAAUGAGGAAGUGUGACAGGUUUAAAUAAGCAGGUUAAGGUAGUUAAUAGGUCAGUAUCUAUGUUCGUAGUGUUCAUGGUUUGUGAGAAAUGGGUUCAAUAUUUACUGAAAUGACUUGAAUGAAAUAAUUGAUCAUUAUCUGUGAUCGUGUUCACACCUCAUUGGAACAAACAGGAAUCUGGGUUAGUCUACUAAAGGGGUGGGAAAGCAAAGAAUCCUAAGUGACAUUGAAAAACAAAAUCAUUAUUCAGUGGACCAUCUUUUUCUUACAAAAGGAGUCCACUAACAUCAACAAACGACAGACAACCACACAAACCUGAGUUAAACUUAAAUCUUACAUAUUGUACCUUUACAAUAUUGAUAGUGUCAUAUACAGAAAGUGUUGUUUUGGAUUGAUUAUGGUUAGGAAGUUGCAACAUCAGUAAUUUACUAUUCUAAUUCUGAGUGCUAAAUAGUAUUAUCACUGUUGUUGUUAUUAGUUGUGCUAUCUACACUGUAGUACACUAUAUGGUUUAAAAAACGGUUGCUUCAGUCAGUGUUUUACUGUGAUUUGCAGAUCAAGCAUGACUGUAGAAUUAUUUUUCUUCCUCUUUUAAUAUUGAACAUACAAAUAUUCAUGGAUUUAGUCUUGAUGACUUCACCUGCGUGCUUCCACUUUUAUUAGAAAAAGUAGGUCAAGCAUUAUUACUGAAUUCUAAUAGUUUACUGUUGUUAGUUUUAGUAACUGAAGAUGUCAUCAGUGCCAUUUAUACAGUAUAUAUAUAUAUAUAAAUAUAUAUCUACAUACAUAUAUUUAUCAAUGAUAUAUAUGUUGAACUCAUCUAUAUUUUCUUCUACUGUGUUUACAGUGUUAGCUAAAUGCCAUUAUCUAAACCAUCGCCUUUGUAAAUGAAUGAGAUCCAUUUUAAUAGUCUGUUAAAGCUACAUGUUUGAACCUCAGAGGGGAAAACCACUGUCUGAUUCAGCACUGCCACAAGACUGAUUUACUGCCACAACUGAUAGCACACUACUACCAUACACGUCUCACACUUGAAAGGAAACUGAAGCUAUAGUAUUGUUGAACAAUCUGACCCAAUAUUAAGGCAUCUCAGGUGUGUGUGUGCGUAUGUGUGUAUAUGUGUGUUUGUACGUAUCCUAUACUCUCUGACUCCCAUGAAUCCAAAGCCUCUGAUCGGCUGAGUCUAUGUUUACACGUGAACGCAUGUACCUUGAACACAUAAAAAAAUAUAUUUGAAAUAUGUAUGUACUCUCUUAGUGUUAAACUGUAUGUCGUGGCACACAGUAUAUUGGACAGCUUGUGUAAUAUGAUACAUGUGGCUUGAUGGCCAAAAGGUCAAACUUCAUGUCUUGAAUCGCUGCUCCUGUUUUACAUCUAUGAACUGCUGUCUGUCUCUCAGGAUCUGGAUCAUUAUGGGCCUAUGAGCCUGUGAAGCCACAUUCAAGGACCACUAAAGCCGCUCUGGUUGUUUGGGUGCCAGCAGCAGCUACAAAAGAAAAAAAAAAAAAAAAAAAGAUCGAAUAGCUGUGAAGCUGCUUUCACUUGCUUAUUUACACAUUUCCAAAUAGGGUAGGAAUUCUAAAAGUUUUCUGCAAGCUUUACAUAUAGGUAAUGUUUAUAAAAUAGCUGAACAGGAAACAGCUUCCAUGCAGUUACAAAAAAUAGUAGCAGCAGAUGUGUUUAUAGAUAAUAACAAAUUAGUAUGGAAUCACAUUUAUGUCAGUAUUAACAAACAAAAUUAUUGAAAUAUCAAACAAAAGUAUGUAAAUGUUUUGUUUUUUUUUUUAGAUAGAAUAAAGUGAAGAAUAAUGUGUGGGUCAAACAUACACAGAAAGAGAAAGGAUAGAAUCACUGCCCAGUUGACAGUAAUAUGGAUGUUUUUCUAAAUAUCUGGGCUUGUUGUUCACUCAUAAAAGACACUCUAGUUUUAUUAUAUCCAUAUGGAAAACAGAGAGAUUAUUAAAUGAUACGAUCAGAUCCCAGUACCAAUGAAAAUGUACCUGAAAAAUCAAAUAUACCCUAGAUUAUGUAGAUAUAUGAGUCAGUGUCAAUGAAAUCUACAACCCUAAUUCCAAAAUAAUUAGGAAAAUGUAAAUAAAAACUGAACACAAUGAUUAUGUAAAUUUUAUAAAAAAAUAAAUUAUUUUAUUUGCAUUAGGACAUAGAAAAUGUAUCAAAUGUUUCAUAGAAAAUCUGCCAUAUUAAGAAAAAAAAGGUAAUAUUGACCCUGUCGACAGUAAAGGGGAUGAUGGCAACAAAAAACUGGAAAAGUGAUUGGCACUAAAAAGAAACAGCUAGUGGAAUAUUUUACAACAAAAAAAAAGGAAAUUAGGAGGUCGGUAAUAUGAUCGGGUAUAAAAAGAGCAUCUUAGAGAGGCAGAGUCUGUCAGUGUUUACAUACAGUAGGUAAUAUUAUCAACAGAUUACACCACCAGUUUGAUUCCAGCUGAAAACUGUCUGUUCUGAAUGAGGUGUUUUUAUUCUGAUAUUCCAGUUAUUAGUGGAAUAUCAGGGUCCAUGUAAAUACAAUCAGGAAGCACAGUGAAAUCAAUUAAAAGGAAGCAGAGACUGUAAACGUAAAAAAAAAAAAAGUACAGUAAAAGACCAUCAUACAUGUUAUAAAUUUUAAGUCUGAGAUUACUUUUUUGUUUCAGUGAGUUUUAUUCUUUCUGAAAUUCUCAUUUUUAUUUCAUAUUUAAUUACUUUUGUUUGAUUAUAUUGACACAAAUCUGAUUCCAUAAUGUAGAAUAUCAUCAAGGAUUCACGAGCCUCUAAAUGUGCUGCAGAAUUCUAUAAAUUUUCAUCUAGAUCUGCAUAAAAAUACACUGUGAUUGAGAAUUAAGGAGAAAUACCAGGUUUUGUUGUAUGUACUUUGCUGCAUGAGGAAAUGGGGGUUGGUCAAAUUCAUCGUGUUAUCUUAAAAUAUUUUAUGGUAAUUCAGUUACAUGUACUGAAAAAAUGAAUCCAUAGAUUCCUGGAUAUAGAUCUUCACCAAAAAUGUAUUAUUUUAGCACAAGUUUACACGUUUUUCCACUUUUCAUCCAACACUGCCACAGUAACAAAAAACAAAGUUACAUUUAAUAACCAGCAUAUGAAUGCAGAGUUAUACUGACAGGUCCAACAACAAAAUAAAAGAUGGAAAUCCAGAUUUGUAUUAAUACUUCUCUUGUUUACAGGGAAACUACACCAAAUUAAUUUAUUCAAUUCCAAAGAUAUCUCGUUGACAACCAUCAUUACUAAUUGUAAUUAAUGAUGGUGCCAUUUUUAAUUCAGGAGAGUUGUUAAAAAAUAAUGUAUAUCACAGCUGGCUGGAAAUAAUAUUUUUCAAACUGUGGACACAAACAUUCAGCGUGAAUCUCUGCCAAUGUAUUCACAUUCAGAAGUCCUUUACGGUAUUUGUACUUUUAGUUCGUACUCGAUCAUCUGGGACGCACCAAAAAGUUUAGGUUUUACUGUUUUUGGAAAACUCUGUGUGUCUUAUCACAGCCAUUUUUUAGAGCACACGAAGGUUUAGCAAAGUGGAGAUAAAGUAUUUGAAGAUAUAAUGUGUGUCUGUCUUGUCUUGAUACAAAUCUUUGUCUCAUUCCAGACUUUCAGUUCUCACUUGGUUUUGUAAAGAGUUCUGUGGUUUUCUAAACUCUCCACGAGGCCUUCAUGGACCCUCUGUACAUUGUUUAUAGAUGCUCUGUGAUUGUGGAGCUGCUGACUCUGUUCUCAGUGCUGCUGGUGUCUUCUUUUAUCCUAAGAUGCUUUCUAAAAGACUGAUUAUAUUAUCCCAUAUCUCUCUCUAUAGUUUCUUAUUGGUUAUUGUGUCUGUGGUGCUUUUGUGCUGUGAUAAGCCUAUAUGAUGCCAACAAUGCUUUUAUCUUUUCUAUUUUUAUUAUAAUAAAAAAGCUUUUUCAUGCAGUCU